AUGACCAGCUACUGCUCCGGCGACCUGGGCGAGCUGCAGCUCAAGGUGGUCGCCCACAGCGGCAAUGGCGACGCGUCGGGCUGCGGGAAACCGCGCGCCAGCGGCGCCAGGCUGUCCGUGGGCUCGGCGUGGUCCGUCAGCUCGGAGGACGUCGCGCGCGGAGGCGGCGCGGCCGGGGGCGGCGGGGAGGGUGCGGGGGCGGCGCGGCCCCGCUGCUGCGUCAGGGCCGCCGACCCCGCCUACAAGACGGGCCGCCGGCUGCAGCUGCUGCAGAUGCUCGUGCUGCCCUUCGUGCCCAUCAUGGCGCUCAUCGUGCAGACGUCGCUCACGCUGCAGGCCAUCCUGCAGUACCGCCAGGAGGUGGCCGAGGUGGAGGUGCAGGUGACGAUAGCUACUGACCUUGGGAAGGUCGUGACCCAGUUGCAGUACGAGAGGUCGGAGGUGGCUUUCUUCAUAUACACCAAUGGCAGCAAGCUCAGAUCCAAUCUGAAGCAACGGUUUGCGUCGACGGACCACGAGCUGAACAACAUGAUGUCCUGGCCGGACAUGGUGAUCCCGGGUUUCGACGACAACCGCGUCAUGACGAAGGCCACGUUCCAGACGCACUUGGCCAACUUUCGGCACGAGAUAAGCGACGAAGGGAGCACCAUCACAGACGUGCUCACGUGGUACACUUACGUGAACGGCGCUCUGCUGGAGCACAUGACGAAGCAGAUCAAAGAGACGGACAACAGUGGUGUCUGGAGGUACCUGGUGGCCUUCAAGAACAUGCUCCGCAGCAUCGAGAACGUGGGCAUCUCCAUGGUGUACGGCAUCCACUACUUCGGACGGGGACUCCUGCAGGGCAAGAACUACGUGAACUACGUGAAGCACGAGGCCCUGGGCAGCGACCUGCUAAACAGCUCGCUCAACCUGGUCCCGUCCAUCAAGAAGAUGUACCAGAACCUCACCAAGCACAUGUCGGACUACGGCAGCAUACAGAGGAGGAAGACUUACAUCUUGGAAAACAAGAAUAUAUCAGCAGACGUCAACGACGCUAUAUAUUAUUUCGACAACAUGGCUUCUUACGUUGACGAACUACGCAAACUUCAAGACGCGAUCAGGGAGCUAAUAAGGGACCACGUGAACGACAACCUGGUGGAGGCGAGCCACCGCGAGGCGUACGGCGUCGCCAUCCUGGUGCUGGUGCUGGUCGUGUCGCCCGUCAUCAUCAUCCUCAUGAGGAACGCCGUCGCCACCAUCCAGGUGUACUCGGUGAACCUGGCGCAGAAGGCGAAGGAGCUGAAGAAGGAGAAGAGGAAGAGCGACAUGCUGCUCUUCCAGAUGCUUCCCCCCAGCGUCGCCCAGCAGCUGAAGCAGACGCAGCAGGUCCCGGCGGAGUACUACAGCGCGGUCACCGUGUACUUCAGCGACAUCGUGGGCUUCACCGAGAUCGCUGCGAUCAGCACUCCGCUGGAGGUUGUGACCUUCCUGAACACCAUCUACAAGCACUUCGAUGCCCGGAUAGAGUGCUACGACGUGUAUAAAGUGGAAACGAUCGGCGACUCCUACAUGGUAGCGUCUGGCUUGCCUGUUAGAAAUGGAGACAAGCACGUGACGGAGAUCGCGACGAUGGCGCUGGACCUGCUGGCCGCCUCGGUGCGCUUCAAGGUGCCGCACCGGCCCCAGGAGAGGCUGCAGAUCCGCAGCGGCGCGCACACGGGCCCCGUCGUCGCCGGCAUCGUCGGCACCAAGAUGCCGCGCUACUGCCUCUUCGGCGACACCGUCAACACCGCCUCGCGCAUGGAGUCCACCGGAGAAGCGUUGAAGAUCCACAUCAGCUCGGAAGUGAAGCAAGCCUUGGACGUCGCGGGCGGCUUCCGAACUGAGCACAGGGGGUUCGUGGAAGUCAAGGGCAAAGGCGUGCUGGACACGUACUGGCUGGCGUGCAAGGAGGGGGGCAUCAGCCGGCCCGCGGACCUGGGCUACCUCGCCGACAUGGAGGACGACCAGCCCGUCUUCAUGCGGCGCCUGCGGGACGAGCGGUACAAGUGACACGAGCCCUUCGCCCGCAGGGACGUGGGCCUUCCACCCGGCCCAGGAGCGGCCCCGGGACGAGGAGUCCAUCACGCGUUCACCCGGCCCGGCGGACCGCUCCGACGCCACGGGUCGGCACUGACGCGUGGUCUCCGGAGGUCACCGAGGAACACACCGAGCCAUAUUCAAUGUGACCUUCAUGACACGGUGUCACCCGCAGGGACGUGGGCCUCCGACCCGGCCCAGGAGCGGCCCCGGGACGAGGAGUCCAUCACGCGUUCCCCCGGCCCGGCGGACCGCUCCGACGCCACGGGUCGGCACUGACGCGCGGUCUCCGGGGAUCAGCAAGGAACACACCGAGCCAUAUUCAAUGUGACCUUCAAGACACGGUGUCACCCGCAGGGACGUGGGCCUCCGACCCGGCCCAGGAGCGGCCCCGGGACGAGGAGUCCAUCACGCGUUCCCCCGGCCCGGCGGACCGCUCCGACGCCACGGGUCGGCACUGACGCGCGGUCUCCGGGGAUCAGCGAGGAACACACCGAGCCAUAUUCAAUGUGACCUUCAAGACACGGUGUCACCCGCAGGGAUCCAUACUCCUGUGGCUUAGCUUCGCGCUUUGUCGUCGUGAGCCAACCAAUGAUCUACGGCCUCCGGGAAAUAAUACUCUGGGAUGAUCAGCACACAUGACAGUUUGUCAGUCGCCCGCAAAGAUAAAUACUCAUGGAUCAUUAAUGAUAAACGGCCGCCAGAAAUAGACGAUGAACCUCUCGACUCACGUUCGAAUGGCGAUUACAGGAAGAUCAGUACAAGUGGCAAAUUGUCGCGGUCGCCAGCAGGGAUGAUUCCUCAUUGGGGCCCAGCAGAGAAGUCUGUUGUAAUGGGUCGUCAAUGAUGUAUGGCCUCCAUAAAUAGACGAUGAUCCUCUCAACUCACCUUCGAACAGUGACUACAGGAUCAUCAGUACAAGUGACGUUUGUAAGUCGCCUGCAGGAUACGUUCUCCUCCGGCAAAGCAGAGCAUCACAGCCGGCAUCGAUGUACUGCCUCAAAAGAUUAACUAUGAACACAUAAUCACUUCUUCAACAGUGGCUUUGGCAUGAGCCCCUCAAGACAUAACAGUCAGCCACCCGCAGGGAUACUAUGUCAUCCGGCCAAGCAAAGCACUCUGCCAUCACAGCCGGCAUCGAUAUGUGGCCUCCAGAGAUUAACGAUACAAACAUAAUCCCAUCUACAACCAGUGGCUGUGUUAUAAAACCUUCAAGACACAAGGAUCUUCCACCCUUGGGGAUACAUCCUCCUCUGGCACAGCAGAGCGCUGUGAUAUAUGGCCUCCAGAGAUUAAUAAUGAACAUUUCAUCCCAUCUUCUAGUGGCGGCUGUGAUAUGAGCCUUUUAAGAUAUAAGGGUUGUCACCCGUAGUGGCACUCCCAGCAGAUAACUCUGCCGUGUUGGGCUGCCAAACACCUACUACCUCCGUAAAUGGACGAACACCACGUCAUCUGAAUAACCAGUGACUAUGGUAGGAGUCCUAUAAGUGACAAGGAUUUCAGUCACUCAAAGUGAUAAAUUCUUAUCGGUUCCAGAAGAUUAUAUUUUCUUUAUUGAUCAUCAAUGAAAUAGGCCUCCAUAAAUGGACGAUGGCCCUCUACACUCAUCUUUAAACAGUGACUACAGGACAAGUAGUGCAAAUGACAAGGGUAGUUCGCUUGUAUGAAUACAUUCUCCACUGGAUGCUCUGCCAUCACGGGCUGGCAUUGACCGACGGCCUCUAGAAAUUGACGAUGAAAGCAUAAUCCCAUUAUUAAGUGGUGGCUAUCGGACGAGCAGAAAGAGUGACGAGGGUCAGUCACCCGCAUGGAUACAUCCUCCUAUUGCACAGCAGAGUGCUCUGUCAUCAUGGGCUGGUAUUGUCAAGAGGCCUCCAAACAUUACCAUGAACACACUAUAUUCUAGUGGUAGCUAUGGUAUGAGGCCUUCAAGAAACAAGGGCAGACUCCCUCGGGGAUAAUUCCUCCUCCAUCCUAACAGAGCAAGCUAUCAUUACAUCCUCCUCCGGUCCAGCAGAGUGUUCCAUCACAGGUUGGCAUUGACAGAUGACCUUCAGAAAUUAAAGAUGAAGAAGACAUAAUUUCACCUCCGAGCAGCGACUACAGUACGAUAAGAAGAUUUCACAAGGGUAGGUACCCACAUGGAUAAUCCUCAUCGGGCUCAGGAAAGUGCUCUAUCGGCAUGUAUCAGUGAUAUACCACCUCCAGAAAUUGACGAUAAUCUUUCAAACUCAUCUUCGAAUGGCGAAUACAGGGCGAGCACUACAAGUAACAAGGGUGAGUGUCAACCACCGGAAUAUCAUCCUGCAACAUGUACUAGCAUUGAUAUACGACCUCCAGAGAUUAAAGAUGAACAUGAAAUCCCAACUUUUAGUGGCUGCUGUGUUAAGAGCUCUACAAGUGACAGAAGUAGGUCAUCCUAAUGGAUACAUCCUAAUCCAGCCUAGCAGAGUACUCUGUCAUCACGGGUCUGCAAUGCAGCCAUCAGAAGCAGAAGAUGGCCACACCAAGCCAUAUCAUCUUCUAGCAGUAGCUGUGGGAUGAGCAAUCCAAGAAACAAGAGCUAUUUGUCCACAAUAACGCCCAUCACUCCUGCACAGAUCUAUUUACUCAAGAAAAAUGACUUGCAAACAUGGCUGACGACCGCAUAGCAGCUUCAGGGUAGCCAAAUGAAGCCUCGCUUGCGACUCUACUGUAAUAACACUGCCUCUCAGUUCAGCAAAACCCACGCAUUCCAUGCCAGAGUGAAGCACAGACAGCAAACGUUGACGACGACACUUAGAUUUUUUAAUCGAACGACGGGGCGAGUGGUGUAAAUUAAAAAUACAACUUGUUCGCCAGGAGUAUUAUUUCUUCCAUCUAAUAAAAUGCCAUAAUAUGUUAAACCAAAUGGCAGGGUGAUACAUGGGUGGCAAACAUUAAUAACGAACUUUUCAUAUCCAAGUGACACCAGCUGUUUACCACAAAUGUCACUUAUCCAAGCCCAGCAGGUUCACUGAGGUUUUUUUUUUUGUGUGUCACUGUCUAUUGUGGAUUUAAAAUUGGUGACAAUUUACGAAGAAUCUCUUAUGUUCCCUCAUAAUCGGUUUUAUAUGCUAUAAAUAUACUUACGACGCUUGAUUGGAAAGCAUUGCCUCCGAGGCUAUAAAUUUUUUCCAGGCUAGUCAUUCGUUGGCGCAAGUGCGUGGAAAGGUAUGGUAACUAUGUCAAAAAGUGAAUAGUGCUUUACAUAUAGAUCAUGUGUAGCUUUCAGGUACCUACAUUAAAGAUAUUGUGAAGGUCGGGAAAUAAGUAAAAAAAGUUAUAACAAUGAGGCAUUACUUUUCAAUCCACCCUCGCAUACUAUAACGAGUUUUCUGCUGUAGUAUUUACCUUCUGCACUUGGUAGAUAACACAAACUCAACACCCGACUGGUUUUAUUGAAAUAAAAUUUAAAACAAACUCCUACCUGAUACCAAAAAUUCCCGCACAUGAACCCAAGCCGAGUGUUAAAAAAAAAUGUUAAAAAGCACAUUCUUAACAAUGCAGAGCAAAUACAUUACGAUGUCGAAGUGGGCAUUUAAUUGAAUCAAUAACAAUUGUGUUAAUCAUAAUAACUCUGUUUUAUUUAACGUAAUAUUUACCAAUGGCUUGAUUUUCAUGCAAACAUGGAUUAAAAUAUAAAGUAUAAAA